CACUGUAAGGACUAACGAAGUCCUGCAAAAAUCGCGUGAAAAACUGGGAGAAGGGAGAGAAAGGAAAAGGCUUGAUAUUUUUCCUAAAACCCUUCACAUAAAGACAAACCCCUUCAGAGAAAUUUCUCAACCUUUCAAAAGCUUCAAGUGGGCGGUCUUACUUCUAUGAAACUCCAAGACUGAGGAAUUCAAUGGAGUUCAAAGUGCUGUUUACGGCGAUAUAAACCGAUUAAUAAAGUAAAGAAAAAUUUGAUGAUUAAAUCAUAAAUUUUUAAUUGGAAUGGAAGGUGAUAUAUUUGGAGACAUAGACAAUACAGCUGUCCAAGUAGAUGGCAGAAUCAUUCAGGCAUUUCAGAAGAACUUGCUGCAAGCCCAAGACAUUUUGGAUCAAAACAGAUUGCUAAUCAAUGAGAUCAAUCAAAAUCACUUGUCAAACAUGCCACAAAACCUGAGUAGAAAUGUGGGUUUGAUCAAAGAACUGAAUAACAAUAUCAGAAGGGUGGUUGAUCUCUAUGCUGCUCUUUCCAGUUCUUGUUUGAAGUCUCGAGAAGCUUCUUCCGAAGGGGACUCCAGUGGGACUCUCAAAUCUGAUGGAAAAGUUAGUCAAAAGAGAAUUAGAAUCAACUAACACUUGUCAACUAAAGGGCGGUUAGUUGGUAAGAAUGUGAUUCCACGUCUCAUAAAGCAUGGAUUGUUCAAGUCCCAUUACCUAUGUGAAGACUUUAUUAAUAAUUAGUUAAUAAGUAACUUUACAAAUGCUUUUUAAAUUA